GCGGACGCGAGUACGUAAAUUUGAUUAAAAAUCUAAAUAAAGUUGUUUAAACAAAACUAAAUUGUUAAAUUGAAACAUGGCUGAAGAGUGGCAGAGCCAAAACUUUCGGCAGAAUGUCAUCUCGAAAAUCCACGACAUGUUGCCGCAAAAUGGGCCGGAGCCCAAUAAAAAUGCCAGCAUGAUGGAAAAUCAUAUUUUUCGCAAGUCACACACUAAGGAUGAGUACCUGGGACUGGUAGCCAAAUUGUUUAUGCACUACAAGGACGCGUCCCAGCGCAAAUCGCAGCCACAGCAACAAAGGCAACAGCAACAACAACAGCAGCAGCAGCAGCUCCAACAACAACAGCAACAGCCUGCCCCGUCGAACGCGGAAAUGGGACAACAGAACAUUAUGCAGGAUCCGUUGAAUGCUCUGCAAAACCUGGCUAGUCAGGGCAAUCGCAAUCCACAACUGAUGCCAAUGGGCGGCGCGCCGGGCCCAAAUCAAAUGGCCGGUCCCGGUGGACCGGGUACUGCCUCCAAUUUGCUGCAAACACUGAACCAGCAGCGACCCGGCCAACAGCAAAUGCAGCCCAUGCCCAAUAUACGUGGCCAAUUGCCCAUGGGCGCCGGCGCCGGGGGACAACAAAUGGUACAAGUGCAGCAAAUGGCUGGCGGCAAUGGACCUGGCGGUGGUGCUGGCGGCAUGCAGCUAAAUGCUAUGGGACCCGCCGUUUCGCAGGGCCAGGGCCAGAUUGUGGGCAAUGCCGGCGGCAUGCCCAAUCAAAUGGUGGGCCCGGGACCCAAUAGUGGACCAACUGGCGGUGCAGCCGGCGGCAUGCCCAACCAAAUGUCGCCCAUGGUGAUGGGCAUGGGCAAUCCGAUGAUGCGUAUGAACCAGGGCAUGCAGGGCAUGCCAUCCAAUAUGCAGCAGCAGCAACAGCAUAAUGUUGUGGGCGGACCGGCCGGACAGCAGCAGGUGGGCGGACCCGGCGGCUUGCCGCCCAACGCAGUGCAACAGGGCGGCGGCGCUAUGAAUCCCAUGGCCGGCAUGAAUGUCAAUAUGCCGCCCAAUAUGCAGCAAAAGCCAAAUAUGGGCAUGGGCCAGGCGGGCCAAAUGUUUGCGGGCAAUCGCGGCGGUGUUGUUGGCGGCCAGCAGCAGCAGCCACAGCAGCCUUUCAUGCGAUCCAGUCCCUCGCCAGCUGAUGCACAGCAAUUGCAGCAGCAGCAACAGCUGCAGCAAUUACAGCAACAACAACAGCAGCAGCAGCAACAGCAGCAACAACAACAACAGCAACAACAACAACAACAGCAAUUAGUGGGCAACCAGACGCCCACACAGCAGCCGCCUACACCACAGAUGCCCACACCACAAAUGAUACCCAGCCCGGCCUUGGUGCCGCAAUCGAGCCCGCAAAUGAUGAUGCAGAACACGCAACGCAACAUACGCCAGCAAUCGCCGAGCGCAUCGAUCAAUACGCCCGGUCAGGUGACAGGCAACAGUCCAUUUAACCCGCAGGAGGAGGCGCUAUAUAGAGAGAAGUACAAGCAGCUGACCAAAUACAUUGAGCCGCUCAAGCGCAUGCUGGGCAAGAUCAGCAACGAUGGCACCAAUGUGGAAAAGAUGACCAAGAUGAGCAAAUUGCUGGAGAUUCUAUGCAAUCCCACGCAGCGUGUGCAGCUGGAUACGCUGCUCAAGUGUGAGAAGGCGCUGGAGAAGAUGGAUCUGGUCUCCUACUCGGGUCAGCAGUUUGGUAAAUCGUCGAAUCCUCUGCUGGAGGUCAUAAAUACAACGCUGCAGAGCCCAUUGGCGAAUCACACGCUGCAUCGCACCUUCCGGCCCAGCUUGGAGCUGCUCUUUGGCACAGAUAUAUGCGCGCCCGUGCCCACAAAGAAGCCGCGCCUUGAGGAAAAGACCACGCCAUUUGAGCAGGAUGUGCCGCAUGUGCUGCAGGGCGAGAUUGCACGGCUCGAUACCAAGUUUAAGGUCAAACUGGAUACGACCGCACAAAAUAAUAACAAGACAAUACGUUUGAUAUGCUGCUUGGAUGACAAGCGUUUGCCCAGCGUGCCGCCAGUGAGUGUUAGCGUGCCGGAGGAGUAUCCAUGGCAAUCGCCCGAUUGCUCGCUCACCGAGCAGGAAUAUUCGGCCACGCCGUUUCUGCAAACCGUGCAACAGGCACUGAUAGCGCGCAUGUCCAAGCUGCCAAAGAACUAUUCACUCUCGCAUCUGCUGGACACCUGGGAAAUGGCUGUGCGUCAGGCCUGUUCGCCGCAAUCCAAGCCACGGGCCAUGUGCGAACUAAGCACGCUCUUGGGUAUAUGAACUGCAGCCCUCACGGAUCCAAAGAUCAUUUGCCUCAGCUAUAUAUAGGAAUAACAAUGCAGAGAUCUCUUCGGGCUGUUCUACCCUAUAUUUCUAUAAGAUUUGAUAUAGUUGCCAGGAGCAUUAGAAGGUUAUAUUCGUCUUCUGGAAAUGUAUUAAGUGGUAACUACUAAAUCCUAUAAAGUAUGUAUGUAAAUGCUUAAUCCGAGUCAAUAGCAUACUCGGAACAUUUUCUGACGCGUCAAUUUCCCACUCGAAUAUAAAUUUCUAUGAUAUGAAUAUUCUGGUUUUAUAGAGACCCAUAUUUUUACGAUUUUUGUACCUUAGUCAGAUCGUCUUUAAAUUGAUGCCAAUUCAAUUCACUUUCUACCUGAUAUUAUUCCCUUAUGUUAUGAUAAUUAAAUAUCCAUAAAAUCAAUUAUGUAAAGUAUAACUAUUAAUUACAAUAAUAAUCAACCACAAAGUGUUUAACGAGCCGUGUUUACCCCAAAAACCCUAUUCGAAAAUCGAUAUCGGAAUUUUAAUGAAGCCUUUUAGCCACUGAUUGAAGCAACAACGAUUCAUAAACAAUAAGGGCGUCGAAUUUAUCGAAAAUCUUGGUAAAAAUUUAACUGAUUCAAUUUCCGACCAAUUGGACAAUUAUGUGAAAAUGAUUAUCUACGAGUUCACUCUUCACGUUGGUCCCUGUAAGCACCUCUCCGAUCUCUAUACCAACAGUCUUGAGCACGUUUGCCAGCAUCUAAUUGACCCGAUCGUAAGUAGCCCAGAUUAAUCCAUAAUUAUCUCAUAUCCAUUAACAUCUGAUCAAUUGCAGAAUGCAUUCUGGGUGGGCGUGCUGCUUAGCGCCCUGUUGCUCCUCCCGAUCCUGUAUGUGGCCCAUCGACUGAUCUGCCUCUAUAGGGUAUAUCCAGUGUAUGUGGCCAAAAUCCUAUAUCUGGAGCGCGACGGUUACCCGUAAGUAGUCCCAUUCGAUUACCAGCUACGACUGCCAGACCGUAACGAUCUGACAAUCUCCCUCAGCUGUCCGACCUGCUCAGGCCUCCCAUAUAGGCCCAAUCCGGUCAUCAUCUGCGGCGGUGGCCAACAAGAUGGAGGCGACUGCCCGUGCAUAGACACUCCAAUCCAAAUAUCUGGGUUGGGUACAACAACCGGCGACGCCUACAAACGUAAGCGUGAAUAAGUAAGCAUCAAAUUUAAGCUAAAUAUACGAAUGUUUGCCUAAUUUUGUAUAAAUAGGUAUUGAAAUAGGCAAUCAAAUUUAAAUGAUACUUGACAUUGAUUUAGACGCAUAGCUAACUUCAAGGCCUACUACAAGUUAAAUAACAGACAUGAACAUUUCAAAAAUC